AUGGCCGGGAUUUUCGGGAAGAUCUUCGUGGGCAUUUACGUUGAGAUAAAACGGAGCGACGGACGGAUACACCAGGCGAUGGUCACAUCACUGCAUGAGGACAACGAGAGUGUGACAGUGGAGUGGAUCGAGAAUGGAGACACCAAAGGGAAAGAGAUCGACCUGGAGAGCGUCUUUGCUCUGAAUCCAGAUGUUGCUCCUGACGAGGAGAUACCACAGAGUCCUGAGGCUCCUCUUCCUCCCUCCAACGUUGCCAAAACCAGCAAACUCCCCAAGACCAGACGGAUUACAGCAAUACCUAAGUCUGAGAGUGCUCCACGGGAGAAUAGAGCUGCAGCAGUGGGAACCACCCGGGCCCGUCCCAGCCAGCACAGCCAACACAGCCAGCCUGCAGAGCCGCCUCCACCGGCCAUCGCUCCCCAGACUGCACUCAGCCAGUCCCUGCUACAGCAGCAGAACGCACGGAGGAAGUCCAACUGUGUGAAGGAAGUCGAGAAACUGCAGGAGAAGCGAGAGAAGAGGCGACUUCAGCAACAAGAGCUCAGAGAGAAGAGGGCGCAAGAGGUGGAUGUCAAUUUACCGAACUAUGAAAUCAUGUGUAUGAUCAGAGACUUCAGAGCCAGUCUGGACUACAGGCCUUUAACCAGUAAUGAUCUGAUCGAGGAGCACAGAAUAUGUGUGUGUGUGCGUGCACGUCCCCUCAAUAAAAAAGAGCUGUCCGUGAAGGAUUUGGAUGUGAUCACCAUUCCCAGUAAGGACGUGGUAAUGGUCCACGAGCCCAAGCAGAAGGUCGACCUGACCCGCUACCUGGAGAACCAGACUUUCCGAUUUGACUACGCCUUUGAUGAGAACUCCACCAAUGAAAUGGUUUACAGGUUCACCGCUCAGCCGCUGGUUGAGACCAUUUUCGAGAGGGGGAUGGCGACCUGCUUUGCAUACGGACAAACUGGAAGUGGAAAAACACAUACGAUGGGAGGGGACUUUUCAGGAAAGAACCAGGACUGCUCUAAAGGGAUCUAUGCACUCUCUGCCAGAGAUGUCUUUCUCAUGAUUAAGAAGCCUAAUUACAAGAAGUUGGAUCUUCAAAUCUUUGCCACAUUUUUUGAGAUUUACAGCGGAAAGGUGUUUGACCUGCUAAACCGCAAAGCCAAGUUACGGGUCCUGGAGGACGGGAAGCAGCAGGUGCAGGUGGUGGGGCUGCAGGAGAGGGAGGUGAAAUGCACAGAGGACGUCCUCAAACUCAUCGAAGUGGGAAACAGCUGCAGGACUUCUGGUCAGACCUCAGCGAACGCUCACUCCUCUCGGAGCCACGCCGUGUUCCAGAUCAUUCUGCGCCGACGGGGGAAGAUGCACGGGAAGUUCUCCCUCAUUGACCUGGCGGGAAAUGAGAGGGGGGCGGACACAUCCAGCGCUGACCGCCAGACUCGUCUCGAAGGAGCUGAGAUCAACAAGAGCCUGCUGGCACUAAAGGAGUGUAUUCGAGCUCUGGGCAGAAACAAACCUCACACUCCGUUCAGAGCCAGCAAGCUAACCCAAGUGCUGAGGGACUCCUUCAUCGGAGAAAACUCCAGAACAUGCAUGAUUGCGACCAUCUCUCCUGGAAUGGCGUCCUGUGAAAACACCUUAAACACGCUGAGAUAUGCUAACAGAGUAAAGGAGUUUGGAAUAAGUCCCUCAGACAUUCCCUUCUCCCAGAGCGGGGGCGGAGGGGGUCGCUCUGAGCUCUCCCCUACCUAUGAGGUGAAGGAACUCACUGUGGACCCAGCAGCAGCGAUGGACAGCCAUCAGGGAGGACACGUCACUCAGCUGGAGGUGCUGGAGGCUCAGUGGGGAGUUGGGAGCUCACCGCAGAGGGACGACCUGAAGCUGCUCUGUGAACAGAACGAGGAAGAAGUUUCCCCGCAGCUCUUCACUUUCCACGAAGCCGUCUCUCAGCUGGUGGAGAUGGAGGAGCAGGUUCUGGAGGACCACCGGGCGGUGUUCCAGGAGUCGAUCCGCUGGCUGGAAGACGAGAAGGUGCUUUUGGAAAUGACGGAGGAGGUCGACUACGACGUCGAGUCAUUCGCAACCCAGCUGGAACAAAUCCUGGACCAGAAGAUCGACAUCCUCACCGAGCUGAGAGAUAAAGUCAAGUCUUUCCGCUCUGCACUCCAGGAAGAGGAGCAAGCUAGCCAACAGAUAACCCCCAAGAGGCCUCGUGCACUAUAGACAUGUAUAAAAUAUGAUAAUAUUCACUUGAUUCAGAAGGGUGAAGUCCUGCCAGUGAGAAAGUGACUGCUGAUGAAAGAGCUGAUGUAGCUCAGCUUUGAUUUUUAUGACUUACUGUCUCUCUCACCUCAGUCACACCUGGUGUUAAAAUGCGAACUGUAGACCAACGCGCUGUCAGGGUGUCGAGAUUAGAGCUGCCCAACCACAUCUGGAAGUCGUCCGGCUCGCGUUGUGUUCGGAUCUUAAGUUUAAACGCAGAUUCUGAAAGAGACAGGCCUCUAAUUACUGAUUAGACGUCUAUUAUGUGCCAUGAAAGCAGAACUUUGUGAAAACCCAAAACAAUACGGGUUGAAAUGAAGAAAUAACAGUGUGUGCUGCAGCUGAUCUGCUACACAUGACAUAAGCACAGUGUAGCAACACUGUGCACAGAACAAACUGACAGUCAUUUUUAUACAAAGGAAGGAAUAGAUUAUUCAUAGAUUACAUUCGCCGAAUUUACAAGAGGGGACGAAUUAUUAAGAAUUUAUCGUAGACAACGUUGCACAAAGUUUAGAAAGUUUCCCUGAACUCAACAACGCACAAAUUUUUUUUUUAAGGGAGUCUGGGGAUGAUUUGCCACCACCUCAGAUUAUUCACGCGCAGGGUUUGCUCUGGAGGACAGAGACCUGAUCUCAACGAGAAUGUGUCCAACAUACCCGAUCUGAACACAAUCCGGAUGAGGAGUUCGGAUACAGAACCAUUUUAAUACCAGGUGUAAAUAUGGUGUCUGUGCGUUUGGUCUCUCUUCAACCUCUUUGCUGUACAGGCUGCCAUCGCUUCCCAUCAUGCAUCCGUCCACCUGUAAAACCAAAGAGCAGAACUGUCUUUGCUCUUCCAUCCUCCUGUGAAGUGUAUUUAGAAGGUUUUGUAAGUGUGAUAAGUCACAAGUGCUUCGUUUUAAACAAAAAAGGUGAAUAAUUUAUUUGUUUUAAAUACAUUUUUAUAAGGUCAAUCAUGGCUUAUCCUCACUUUGGCCAAUUUUAUAAACAACUUUUGCCAUUUUGUGCAAUAUUUGGAGGAUUUUCUUCCUGUUCUUCCCCUUGUUUCAGCUCAGGGGUGAACGGGACAUGUCGAGUUUGUGUGUAAAAUGAGCCAACGUGUGUUUGUGUUGAUACUGUGUGUAAUAUAUGUUUGACUGAGAGGAAGCUUAAAAUAUAAAACUAACCUUGCAUUACAUGAAUUGGCCUA